AUGGAUUCAAAAUCUCAUAAUAAACAUUUACAUCCACUAGAAGUUACGGAAGAAAAUGAGAGUACAGCAAUUCUUGAUACAUAUAGAUAUGUAAAUGGAAGAAGGUUUCACAAUGUAACGGGUGUAGAAUAUUUCAUGCCAAACGACGAACAGGAGAUUUCAAGAUUAGAAAUGAGUUAUUUACUUGUUAAAUAUUUAUGGCAAAAUAACUUUUCUUCCCCGAUUCAUGAAAAAUUAACAAAUGAAAAUAUGCGUGUAAUAGACAUUGGUUGUGGGACAGGAAAAUGGUCAUUAGAAAUGGCUGAAAUGUAUCCAAAAGUAACAUUUAUUGGAAUAGAUAUUUCCCCAGUAUUUCCUACCGAAACUAAAUUUUCAAAUGUUACUUUCUUUCUUGCAAAUGUUCUUGAUGGUCUCCCAUUUGAAAAAAAUACUUUUGAUUUUGUUUUUCAAAGAUUUUUGACAUCGUCUUAUACUAACAAACAAUGGGAAAAAGUAAUAAAUGAAUUAAUUAGAAUUUUAAAACCGGGAGGAUACCUUGAACUUAUGGAAAAAGAUAAUAAUUGGAUUUCAAUUGGGCCAUCAUCUAAAAUACUACAAGAAUCAUUUUUAAAACUACUCGGAGAAAAAGAUAUAAAUCCAUCAAUGAAUCUUAAAAUUGAACAAUUAUUAAAAGAUUCCAAUCAACUUAUAGAUAUCAAUAUUGAAACAAAGGAUAUUCUAUUAGGAAGUCCGGGAGGUAGAUUUGGUGAAUUGACGUUAAAAAAUCAAUUAGAAGCGUUCGAUCAUAUGAUACCUUAUUUAUCUUCUUAUAUGGAAUUGUCUAUUAAAGAAUUUAAGAAUAAAUAUUUAGAUACAAUUCCAAUGGAAGUUAAUAAAUAUAAAACUUGUAUUAAAUGCUACAGACAUUGGGGAAGAAAGAUUUAA